CGACUAGCUGCUAAGAUGCCUGACGGUAUAGUCUCAUCGUUCACCUUCAUAACCACCGAUUCUCGGCGAAAGGCCGCCCGAGAGGCCGUCAAGGUACAUGUCCUUCGUCUGCGUCGCAACAAGCGCAAGCGAAAUGGCGGUAGUUGCAAAUCUCGGCAUGACGACGCCAAUCGCGGUGGGCAAAUGCAUCUUUGGGAUUCGACCGUCCCACAAGUCCCGGAUCCUUCACCUUGGUCAAGCGCGAUUACCGAGUCCGAUCAUUCUGACUCCGCCGAAAGCCUUGAUGCUACAAUUGCGGAGAGUAGGUACUCAUCAUCUCUGGAUUUUGAAGGUCCCGCCAGUUCGCCUAUUCGAAGGCAGAGGGAGCCAUGUCCAAUCACCUCGAUGCAUGUGCCAGCUGUAUCCCCUGAGGAUGUGCUCAUCCAUUGCUAUAUCGAGGAGGAUCCUGGAUGUGGAAUCACUCCAGUUUGGCUACAAUGCUUCAAGACAAGUGAGGCUUCUUACAAUGCCUUCCUAGCAGCGUCAUCUUUUCGAUUCUCUGUCGAACGAGGUGUCCAACCGCUGGCAGAUGCGCCAGAGAGAGAGAUUCGGGCGUUGCAAGCCAUAGCCAAGCAAAUCGAGCUCUCGCCUACGACGCCAACCGCUGGCACCAUGCUUGCCGUCGCCCUCUUGAUGAAUCUACAGGAGUAUCGAGGAGAAACGUCGCUUGCCGUACGGCAUUGGAAGGGUUUACAAUCGAUGGUGGAGGUAAGUGGUGGGUUGCAUUGCCUUCGGAUCUGGGCAGAGCUGCACAAUUUUCUGUUCUGGGUUGAUGUGUUAAUCUGCAACGCUUUGUCUGUUCCACUUGGACGGAUUUCGAGUGACGACGAUCCGGAUCAGACCCUCGGCACGCAAGAGCUGCAUGCGCUUCUCACCCAGAUUAGCCAGCAGCCCUCCACCUUGACCCCAAACGCAGACACAGGAGCUGGCGGUGACGGUGACGGCUAUUUUUCGCCUCUAUUCCAAGUCCUCCAGCGGUCAAGCCCGGACCAGAGCACAACCGGCGUGGCAAAGUCAUCGAGAGCCAAGCUUGCCUGCCUGAUGUACAUUUCCUUGUUAGAAUUACAUUUCCACAAGCCUCGCGCUAAGAUUCCAAUAUAUCAAGAGAUCGAAGAGGAGGUACUGAGGCGAGGGCGGGACCGGGUAAUCCACACGGUGGAGCUAUUGUACGUGAUUUUGUCUAUGAGCAACCAAGACAGUCUGUGUCACUUGGUAUACAAGUUGUCACGCGUCAUGAAUGCGGCCAAGAAAUUGGAGCGGAGUGACUACAAUAUUUGUGCGCGGUUACUGUCUGCAUACCUUGGGCAUCGGAACCCGUUCGAA